AUGACAAAUGAGAUGUAUUGGGGUUUGUGGGCAAUCACAUGGAUAGCAGCGUUUCUGGGAACGGUUCAAGGCUACAGAGACUUUUCGGUCUCCGAUGAAGAGGUUCAAAGAGCUUCGCUGCUGAACUCCAACCUGAUCCAAGAAUGGACACCAAUCGAGUCCGUGAUUACUGCAGGCAAGCGCGACUACUUUACUUUCCAGAUCAACUCCACAUACGCUCAUACCAUGUCCAAGCUCGACAUGCUGGUUUUUAUCAGCGGAAAUCUCCACUCGGAGUCCGCGCGGCUUUCCAACUCUACUGAGUUGCAACUAGCCGUUUGGUACUCCUUCGACCAGGAGGUCACAUCGGACACAUCCAAGGGCAGCCGCGCACUUUUCUCUGCCGGGUACAUGGAGGCGCUGGCCGCCACGCCACUUGAGGACCAGGAUGGCAAUCUCACGGAGUAUUCCAACCUCUACCUGGUGAUCGAAGCCUAUAAUGUGACAUCGAAUUCUCCGCUUCAGCUCACCUCCACAACACAAGACCUGUCCUGGAAUUACACUAUCGGUGUUUCUCAGUACGAUUUGGUGUUUCAGUGGGACGUACGUUCCUGGGUAGAGCUCGUAGACUCUGACGCAGAUUCUGCACUUUUGGUAACGGGCAAUGUCACUUCUUUAACCACGACUUCAGCGAACUCUUCACUUUAUGACGUGGGCCUUUAUGAGCUUUAUCUUUACUCCUACGAUGAACUAAUCGCCUUUGAUAAAGCCCUGCCGCACUCCUUACGUGCUGUCCAGGACGGGCCUUACUUAGCAUCCUCGGUCAACAAUAGCGCUGUUAAAAUAGAGCUGUCGAAUUCCAGCACGCCAGAAAUAGUCAAAUCCCUCACAGUCCGGGGAGGAUCGGUGAAAGAGCAGUUUUACAUUACAGGUUUAAAUCAUUCCACAACUUAUGGAGUCUAUCUUACCAAAAAGAUCUCCGAUAAUACAGAAGUGUUGAGUGACUCAGGUGGCAUAUUAUUCUCAAAGGCCACCUUUACAACAAUGGCGGAUGAUUCCUGCUCUUUGAUAUUUGGGUUGGACUUUUGUGACGGAGUUGCAUAUUCUGUGCCAACUGCCAAGUCCGCUGGAACCAACAAAACCGUCACCAGUUUGAUUUAUGACGGAAUUGCUAGCUCACUAUACAGCAAUUUCAGCAAAGCUUUACAAAUGAUUCCCUGUGAUACUGAAAAAGAUGCACGCUUUUCCCCCUUGCGAACUUGCAACGAUUGCGCAAACUCAUAUAGAAAUUGGUUGUGCGCUGUCACUAUACCGCGCUGCACUACGGAGAACUCCUCUUACUACAUCCAUCGGGACAAAACGCAGAACCGGAAUGACUUUCUUAAUCAGCAAAUCCAACCAAUACAUGAUUAUUAUGAGAUCCUGCCAUGUAUUGAUAUGUGCUACAAUCUUGCAGCCGACUGUCCGCCUGAUUUUCAAUUUUCUUGUCCUAGCAAAACAUCGCAUUCGGAGCUAUUGUAUCUAAGUUACAGCGUUUGGGAAGAAAAUGACUUCCACACCUGUAAUUACGUUGGAAAUUCGAGGAACUUACAUAUUCUAAAUAGCUAA